AUGUACAGUGUACAACCUUACACUCUUCCAUCGCAUUACCCGCACCCCAGGCCCCAAUCUCCGUGCGUGCAUGUCCGUCACCUCCUCGGACCACGGCCACUGGAUGAAAGCAAGAUACAGGGCGAGACCAAGUCAACCAAACAACCCUCGCCCCCCUUCCCCCAGGCGAUUAUUUCGCAAGCGCACCUCGUCCUCACGGACAGCGCAGCAAUGCUGCUCCGUGUUCAGGCACGCACAGUUUGA